GUGUUCGGCGGAUGUGGAGCCGUGGUCCUGAUGUGGAUGUGGAGCCGACGCUCGCUCUCGAAGACCGACGCCGCUCUCGUGGCGUCUCCAGAACAGGUGGCGCGGCCCGGCGCUGAUGACCUGGAAGGCAACCAGACCUCGCUCCUGGCCCAGGCGUCGAUUGCCGAAGGUCCCCGUCCCAACAUCGCAGACCUGUUCGAGGGAAUAUCGGGCAAGUACCCGGGUGAGGAUUUGGGGGUGAUGGUGUCCGGGCCCGAGAGUCUUCAGGAUAGUGUGGCGGAAGCAUGCCGCAACCGCAACUUCAAGUACUGUAACACGCGCUUCCAGUUCUACUCCAUCAGCUUCGAUCUGUAGGGCGUGGCGUCAGCCUCUCGUAAGGAUUGGGAUCUUGUCUGUAUAAAGCUUUCAAACGGACAUAAAUCUCGGCAUUGUUUGGAAGAGCUGUUGAAGAAUAAGAAGCCGAGGAAGAUAGGUCUGAACCUGCGUAUAGCAAAUCUACAGAGCUUCAAUUUUCAAGUAGACAAUAUUCGACAGACCAGUAAAAAGGACUGAGAAGCAAGGCAUGCGAGGACGAAUUGCACAUAGAUUCUUGAUCAACGAGGGAAAAUUUAUCCACUACAACAGCACUUUCAAUCGGUCAAUGUGGAUAAACAUGUGAGAUUGGAGGAAUAAGCUGGCCAGGAUGUAUAGUAUCUACUGGCUUGACGCAAUUAGGUGGAGGCAGAACAGUUGGAACGGCUGACGAAUGUAAUGACUCUGCGGACUUACAACACGGUGACAUGCAAAAGACGGCAUGACAGCGCUCGCGGGGCGUGAAAGUAUAUCGUUGCAAGAAUAAGGCGCGAGGGGUGUGUAAACAUUGUGCAGAAUAAAGCUAAUAUUGUCUUAUUUGUGUAAAAAAUAUUAAAAUUACAAUAGGGAGUGGAAAAUCUGAUGAUCUUCGAAUCUUUGAGCUUGCAACAGAUUGCUCCUAGCAAAGUUAGCUAAGUAAGAAUUCAGGCGCUAGAGUGAGUCGGGAGCACCAUCAGUACAUCUCAUUGACAACCCUCAGUAUCAUAAGUUUUGUUACAUUCCUAAAGAUCUGCUUAUCU